AUGAAUUUCAACGUCAACUACAAGGUCAUUCUGCCACCCACCCAUGAGUUACCGGCAAAAAAAAAAUACAAUAUCAAUACGGUAUUCAAGUGAAUAGCUCGAAAAUUCAAUAGCUUUAUUUGAUUCUUCUACCUUUGCUCUCAUAACCCCCAGUAUUUGUUUUGUGAAGGAAAUGCAACAGUAGUGGAAAGGACUAUCUCAGAGUAGUAGCAAACAAAUGAAGUUACAAGUAUUUUUAUUUCUGCCAGUACUCUCAUAACCCCCAGUAUUUGUUUUGCUGAAGUUACAAGUACCUUUGCUCUCAUAACCCCCAGUAUCAUCUGCUGCCAAAGUUUGCAACACUUUCAUUAGCCUGGGCCCUCUAAAGCCAAUAGUAUGAGAGCAAACUAGUCACUGGACUUCAGCAACCUUUCCAAAUGUAGUUAAUGCUAACUACAGUAGCCACUGGAGACAUAAUAAAUAGCCUCAAACCAAUGCAGAACAUUGGAAAUUAUGGCUGCAAUACGUAUGGUUACAAAUCCUUCUACAGUAUUUGAAUUCUUGUCAUUAACUGAGCUAUCUACGAAAAGUGUUUGUGAUUUUCAAUUAAAAAGUUGUCACGUGGGGAUUUAA